AAACGAGCUGGUUCUGAUAUCCAGAAUAAUGCGAAACACGGUUUUAUCAAAAAUAGUCAUUCCAUAUAAAACAUCACGUUUUGUACUGUAGUGUGAAGGGGCACUUCAAUCAGGUAUUUUACAAGUAUCUUGUAAAUGACCCAGCGGUGACCUGAGGAAGAAAGCCAGGGCACUGGUCAUUAACAGACCAGGAUUACAAUCACAAUUAAUAACAAUCUGCUUUCCACUGGAUUGACGAGUCGCCUACUACGACAUGCUACCUUCCUGCGUCCUGUCAAAGAGUUAACGUACUGAAGCAAUUUUCUUUUCAGAUGAAGUGGAAACAACACCAUAAUAAAAACAAAUUGGAAGCGUGAGACAACUGGCAUGCCAUCAUUCCAAAGAGAUAUUAAUCGCUUAGCAGGCCAACCUUCGGGUCUAAUCAGAGGAAACCUGAUGCUAUGACGCUUUGUGACAAGAAUACCUUCAUUGAGGAGGAGCGGCAUGUGAAAGCCAAUGACCGGGACUACAAUGGAAAGUUUCCAUAUGCAGACAAUCGCAUCAAAACCUCAAAAUACCACAUUGUUACAUUCCUGCCUAUUAAUUUGUUUGAGCAGUUCCAACGUGUUGCCAAUGCCUACUUCCUGUUUCUCCUUAUAUUACAGCUAAUUCCUCAAAUCUCUUCUCUCUCCUGGUUUACUACCAUUGUGCCUUUGGUUCUUGUGUUGACAAUUACUGCUGUGAAAGAUGCCAUGGAUGACUUUUUUCGCCAUAAAAGUGAUAACCAUGUUAACAACCGACAAUCUCAGGUACUCAUCGAUGGCAAGUUACACAAUGAAAAAUGGAUGAAUGUACGUGUCGGAGAUAUCAUCAAGCUGGAAAACAAUCAGUUUGUAGCUGCUGAUUUGCUGCUCUUGUCUAGCAGUGAACCUUAUGGACUCUGCUACAUUGAAACAGCAGAGCUAGAUGGAGAGACUAACUUAAAAGUGCGUCAGGCAUUAACAGUAACUUCAGAACUUGGUGAAGAUAUUAGCAAAAUGGCAGCAUUUGAUGGGGAAGUUGUAUGCGAGCCUCCAAACAACAGAUUGGACAGAUUCACUGGGACUCUGUUCUGGAAAGAUGAGAAGCACAGCCUUGCCAAUGAUAAGAUGCUGCUUCGUGGCUGCGUGCUUCGGAACACGGAAUGGUGCUUUGGAAUGGUCAUUUUUGCAGGACCUCAGACUAAGCUAAUGCAAAACAGUGGGAAGACCACAUUCAAAAGAACCAGCAUAGACAGAUUGAUGAACACCUUGGUUUUAUGGAUCUUUGGGUUUCUUACAUGCAUGGGGAUUAUCCUAGCAAUAGGAAACUCAAUCUGGGAGUACAGAGUCGGGGAUGAUUUCCGGGUUUACCUGGCUUGGAGUGAAGUGCUGGACCAUGCUGUGUUCUCCGGAUUUCUUACCUUCUGGUCCUAUGUUAUCAUUCUCAAUACAGUCGUACCCAUCUCCCUAUAUGUAAGUGUGGAGGUGAUUCGUCUGGGACACAGCUACUUCAUAAACUGGGACCGGAGAAUGUAUUGCAGUAAGAGAGACACUCCAGCUGAGGCUCGCACUACCACACUGAACGAAGAGCUUGGACAGAUAGAGUAUAUAUUCUCUGACAAGACCGGCACACUCACACAGAAUAUCAUGGCUUUUAACAAAUGUUCUAUCAAUGGGAAAACUUAUGGUGAUAUAUACGAUGAACUUGGACGUAAAAUAGAAGUUACAGAGAGAACUCCAUCAGUGGAUUUUUCUUUUAACCAUCUAUCUGAUAAGAAGUUUAAGUUUUACGAUCACAGCCUGGUUGAAGCAAUCAAACUGGGGGACUCCUCUGUGCACGAGUUCUUUCGACUGCUCUCCCUCUGUCACACCAUCAUGGCUGAGGAGAAAAACGAAGGGGAACUCGUGUACCAAGCACAGUCACCUGAUGAAGGAGCUUUGGUUACUGCUGCUAGAAAUUUUGGUUUCGUGUUUAGGUCCCGAACUCCGGAGACCAUAACAGUUUGUGAAAUGGGAAAGCAGGUGACCUACCAACUGCUCGCCAUUUUGGAUUUUAAUAAUUACAGAAAAAGAAUGAGUGUAAUUGUAAGGAAUCCAAAAGGACAGAUAAAGUUGUACUCAAAGGGAGCUGACACCAUUUUGUUUGAUAUGCUUCAUCCAUCUGACGAGGAUCUCAUGUACACUACCUCAGACCAUCUAAGUGAGUUUGCUGGAGAAGGGCUGAGAACUUUGGCGCUGGCGUACAAAGAUCUAGAAGAAGAGUACUUUGAAGAGUGGUUUAAAAGGCAUCACUUUGCCAGCACUACCCUAGAUAACAGAGAAGACUGUCUAGCUGCGUUAUACGAAGAGAUUGAACAGGAUAUGAAGUUGCUAGGUGCAACAGCUAUAGAAGACAAAUUGCAGGAAGGAGUUGCUGAGACUAUAGCUUGUUUGACUCUUGCCAACAUUAAGGUCUGGGUCCUUACAGGUGACAAACAAGAGACAGCCAUGAAUAUUGGCUACUCAUGUAACAUGCUGAGAGAUGACAUGAACGAAGUUUUCAUAAUAUCAGGUCACACAGUGCUGGAGGUGCAGCAGGAGCUCAGGAAAGCUAAGGAGCGUAUGUUGGGUUCAUACAGGGACGUGGGAAAUGGCCACACAAACGCGGAGAAGCUGGAGAUGUCCAAGAACAACUCAGUGGUUGAAGAAACCUUCACUGGAGAGUAUGCAUUGAUCAUUAAUGGGCACAGUUUGGCCCAUGCUCUUGAGGCCGAUCUGGAGCGGGUGUUCCUGGAUAUCGCUUGCAUGUGCAAAACUGUCAUCUGUUGCCGAGUGACUCCACUACAGAAAGCCCAAGUGGUGGAGCUUGUGAAGAAAUACAAGAACGCUGUCACUCUGGCAAUAGGGGAUGGAGCUAAUGAUGUCAGCAUGAUUAAAACUGCUCAUAUCGGAGUGGGGAUCAGCGGUCAGGAAGGCAUGCAGGCAGUGCUGGCCAGCGACUUCUCCUUCGCUCAGUUCCGAUUCCUUCAGAGGCUUCUCCUGGUCCACGGCAGGUGGUCCUACUUCAGAAUGUGCAAUUUCCUCUGCUAUUUCUUCUACAAAAACUUCGCUUUCACGCUGGUGCAUUUUUGGUUUGGUUUCUUCUGUGGUUUUUCAGCACAGACGGUGUAUGAUCAGUGGUUUAUAACCUUGUUCAAUAUAGUUUACACCUCACUUCCUGUUCUUGCAAUGGGCCUGUUUGACCAGGAUGUUACUGAACAAAGUAGCUUGGAACAUCCCAAACUGUAUGAACCAGGGCAGUUUAAUGUCCUGUUCAAUAAACACAAGUUCUUCAUCUGUACAGCACAAGGGGUCUACACUUCCAUUGUCCUGUUUUUUAUACCGUAUGGUGUAUUCCUGGAUACCGUUAGAGAUGAUGGGUCCCAUAUCUCAGACCACCAGUCCUUCGCUGUUACUAUAGCAACAUCAUUAGUGAUUGUUGUCAGCGUUCAGAUUGGGCUGGACACCAGCUACUGGACAGCGGUUAAUCAUUUUUAUAUAUGGGGCAGUGUGGCUAUUUACUUCUCAAUAUUAUUUGCCAUGUACAGUGAUGGCAUAUUUGAUCUAUUCCCAAACCAGUUUCCCUUUAUUGGAACCGCUCGUAAUGCCCUGUCACAGAAGAGUGUCUGGCUGGUUAUCCUUCUCACCACAGUUGUGUGUGUCAUGCCAGUGGUGGCUCUGAGGUUCCUGAGGGUAGAUUUAUAUCCACGCUUGACUGAUAAGGUCCGCUUCAUGCAGCAGGCUAGCAAAAAACAGCGCCCCCUGGAGCACAACCUGAAGCGCGUGCGCAGGACCAGCUCCAGGCGCUCAGCCUAUGCGUUCGCACACCAGGAGGGCUACGGAGAACUCAUUACCUCAGGAAAGAACAUGAAAGUCACCAACCCUUUCUCAUCAUUGCCAGCUGGGAGGGUACAGGGAAGCACCAGCUGGAUUGAGAAUCUCCUCAAGAAAAGAACAGACGCCUCAAACAGCGCAAGCACCGAGAGGACACCGAAACAACAGCCGCCGCAAUAGCUCCUUCAGAGGCCUUGGCCUUCAAGAGUUCAAAAAGACUUCAGAUCAGUCUGUUUGAUUGCAAGGGCUGGGACUGAGUCAGAGCUAGUUAGGACUACAGGCUGGCAGAAACUUUCCAAAUUACUCUGAUGGAGGAAGUGACCUUGAGCAUCAAACCAUGUUUAUUUCUUCAGAACUUCAAUCUCUGAACUGGUUUAACAUCCGGUGGCAGAUGGAAACCAGUGGCAAUCCUUAUUUGAUACUGGAAUGAGGUCUACUUUCACAACCCAUAGGUAUAAAUGUAGCAGUAGGUUAUUUUAGACUUAUUGUUGCACUGUGUUAAUAUACCAGGUGAAGCAAGGAGGCCUAUUUAUGCCAUGACAGCAAAAAAAAUUAUAAAAAAAACACUGAUAAAGGAUCAGCUGUGCUACAGUACAGGACGUACUAGGGAUUUUUUUUUCUAUGGGGGUGGCACCACUACUGUUAAAUAUACCAUCCUUCACAUUCCGGUGAGAACUGUGGUGUAACACACGCACAAAGCACUCCCUGUGGCACAAAUUGAGCAUUAAAGACCCUAUCACAGUAGGUCCUGCUUUUUACCCAUUACAGUAUAUUGCAUCCCACGCCUCUGAGACAGUACUGUUCCAAAUCUUGUGAGAGGAUAGUGUAUAACAUAUAAAUGUAUUUAGUCUUUUUAAAAUGUAUUUAUUUUUUAAUUAUGCUUGAGGUGACUCUGAAAAUGAAUGACUAUGAAUGAAUCAAACCCACUAAUACAGCUGUCGUAUAAGAAUGUUACUGUACCAGACGUUAUUUAUUUUAUUAAGCACAGCGAAAGAAGCAGCUUAUUAUUAGGAGUAUUUAUGAAUAUGUGUUAUAUAUUGAUCCAUUGCUUCACAGUCAACAUUUUUCUUUUUAUCUUGUCUAUAUCAGUAUAUCUGUUCUUUCAUUGACGCAUUACUGUCAAAAUAAGAAUUGUUCUGAUUUUAAGACAGCAAUAUGUGUAAAAUGGAUGUAGAUGCAUAUUUAUUAACCUGUCGUCAUUUUAAAAUCAUGUAAAUACUGUAGCACCAAAAAGAAAAAAAAAUACACCAUACUAAAAUGGUAAAACCAAUAUUAUAAAGUGAUUAUGUUGGCCCUGACAAGGGAUACAUGUGCCUUUUGCUUUUCCUUCAGAAAGGAAACAAAUGUUUUCACUUAUAGGAUCUACCAUCAUGUCAUUAUUAAGACAGGUCAUUUAGUUUAAACAUUUCACCCAUGGUAUCUCAUUCAAUGUUAGUUGUUUAUUCAUUUUGUAUAUUAAUGAUGUGAUGUUCAGCCUGGUUAAGGUUGAAGACACAUAUUUGCUUUCAGAAGCAAGCAUCUCAUGCAUAGCUUUAUAGAUCUUUAAAAAUACGUGCAGUCAGUUUUAUUUUAAUAAAAACCUUUUGAGCCUUGUUUGUAAUAUAUGUAAAUACUGCAGUGUUCACUUUUUUAUAAUACAUAUCAGUAAUGCAGAUUUCUCUUAAGGAAUUUGCAAACAUGGGUCAGCAUUUUGAUUCAAUUUUCUAUAAAGUACUUUAAUGUAAAUGUUAUGUAGGUAAAUGUUGUGGACUUAAUAUGAUUUUAUUUGUUGAUAUGCUUUACUGUGUAAAAUGAAAUGUUUCCCAGUACGGUAUAUCUGCAUGAAUUUCCAUACCAAAGAGGACCAGCUGUUUUUUUUUUAUAUUAUAGAAACAAUAAUCUGUACAAAAUGCUGUAUAUAUUUCAUUUAAUCUAAAUCUAUACUAUUUUCCAAAAAACAUAUUGUUUACAAAUGCUGGGGUAGAUGGGGAGUUGACACAUUUUUGUAAAACUACUGUAAAUUGACCAGCUUUUGAAUAAUUUGUAAUAACGUUUUUGGAACAGGUGAAAGCUGAAUAAAGGUCCAGUUUUUCAGAAUUGUAACAUUAAAGUACCGAUUUCU